ACACGUGUAUGACAAUAGAAAAUUUUUUAUUUUAAUAUAACUGCAUUAAAGAUUGGCAUUACCAUUCCGAAUGUAGCUUUCUACGUGAGCACAAGCUCCACCACACCAGUAUCUAAUAUUAUGGCCAAGCUUUUAUUUUUAUUAAUUUUUACUUUCUGUCUGGCGUUGCAGCAUGCCAAGGCAUUUCCGCACAAUGUCGCAACAUCAGAAGAGUCUACAGAGCUUGGGAUGACAAAGGACUUCGAAAGAGGGUUAGCUAAAAACACAACAACAACUGCGCAAAUCACAACUCCUGCUGCGGCAGAACAAAGCACUGAUUCUACACAAGAAACCGAUACCGAUUCUAUCGAAGAUUUUUCUUAUCUUCCAGUAUUGUAUAACACAACCAUAAAUCGCCUUACACUCGCCACACUUAAAAUUGCACAAUAUCACCUAAAUACUCUUCUAACUGUCGGCCACGAUUAUAUUACCGCUGCACUGAAGACCUUGAAUGAAUUGCCUAAUAAGACGUCAAACAUUCAAGCGAACAUAACGCGUCUGAGAGAUUUAUUAAAGCGUGUGGAAGGAGUUGAUUUGACGAAAAAGGAUUUAGAUAGCUUUCUAAACAAAACUGAUCUCAUGUAUAAAUUAGGAGAUUUAUAUGGAGAUUAUCCCAAACUCCUGCGUUCAUUAGAAAUUGAUGAUGAUGUGCUGAGCGAAUUAUAUAAUACUCUUGGUUUACGAAUUAAAGCUUCAUUGAAGGAGAAUGUUAAGAAAUUAACUAAAAUUUUUCAUAAUUUCUUUGAUGAACUGGAUGAGAAGGAUAAGCUGAGAUAUGCAGAAUUAAUUAAACUUUAUGAUGACUUCAAAUCGCAUGAUAUGGAUUUAGAUAAAUUCGGCGAUGCUUUGUUUCUACUUACUUACUUACUUACCAAUUCCGUUUGAUAAAUUCAAAUGAAAAAAUAAUGAUAUUAUUAUCAAAA